GCCGGGCGGGACCACCGGCGGCGUCACACCCGGAAGCCGGGGGCCGGAAGUGGGGCUGCACAGGUUGUCCCCAGGGGUGGGGAAGCGGAGGCCCAGGAGGAGGGGAAAAGAGGUGGAGGGUCCUGGCUGCCACUCUGAGUCCGAUACCGAUCUUCUUAGGUCCCGGAGACGCGGAGCAAGGGAAGGGUGUCUCCCCCUCCUCCCCUCAGCCUGAGCCAUGGCCGAGGCGGGGCCCGGGCUGAGUGAGACCGUCACUGAGACAACGGUUACCGUGACAACCGAGCCCGAGAACCGGAGCCUGACCAUCAAACUGCGGAAACGGAAGCCAGAGAAAAAGGUGGAAUGGACGAGUGACACUGUGGACAACGAACACAUGGGGCGCCGCUCAUCAAAAUGCUGCUGUAUUUAUGAGAAACCUCGGGCCUUUGGUGAGAGCUCUACGGAGAGUGAUGAGGAGGAAGAGGAAGGCUGUGGUCACACACACUGUGUACGGGGCCACCGCAAAGGACGGCGCCGUGGAACCCCCGGACCGAGCCCCACCACCCCGUCCCAGCCCCCUGACCCAUCUCAGCCCCCUCCAGGGCCAAUGCAGCACUAAAUUCCUCUCUCCCUCACCACUUCUGUGUCUGUCUGGCCCUGACUAUAUUCAUGUUGCUACUUGGGGACUACGCCCAUGGUUUGAUCAUUCUCCAGUCCCCACCCACCUCUCUGUCUGAAAGAGGGAAGGAGAGGAGUGUGGACAGAGAUCCUGGAAUUCUGAUUUGCUGCUAUCCUAGAACCCAGGCUUCUGGGUUGAAGUACCCAUCCUCUUCCCGCCAGGGAUCUAGGCAUCUUGGUCCCAGUCUCUUCCCUUUGCUCCCACUGCCACAUCACCUGCCCUGGGACCCAGCUCUCUCGGCUCCCUGCACUCUGCUUGAGUCCCAAAUGCUUAGAUUGGAUUUCCAACAGCCCCGCUUUCACUGCCAGGGUCCCGGUCAGGUUCCAGGCAGUCCUGCCCCAGCCACGCUUGUCCUGGCUUAGAGCUCUUCCACUAAUGUAUUUGUAUUUAUAUAGUCCGAGCGCCUGGUCCUUGCUGUGGUGUGAGGGGUCAUGGGGAGCUCCCAGCCCUUCUGCUCCACUCCUGCCCUCAGGAGGAGUUGGGGGAGAGAAAGGUCUUUGUCAUUCUCACCUUUAAUGGAAAAUGAGAAAAGAAGCAGUCAUGUCCUCUUUCCUCACCCUUCACCUGUGACCUAGGGUUUCUGACAAAGCUGGCUUUGGGAGUGGUCACUUAGGGCCAACUGUCUCUUCAGUUUGGUCUUCCAGCUUCAGAGACAGGUCCAACAUCGUCGCAGGGAGAGGAAGGAAAAGAGCAGAGACGAGGGUAUGUCCCCUGCACUCCACUCUCACCCCUUCCUGCCUGGCUCUGAUGUCUGCCAGUCCAGGCGUCCAGUUCCCUGGCCCUCCUUGGGAUCUGAAUGUCAUUGCCCAUGCCUCUGGCCACGCACACAUGCAGAGAUAAUCAGAUCCACACCACCACAGAGAUCUCAUUUAUUGACACAGGUGCACAAAAUAAAUAACCCAACAUCA